CUCCUCUUCUUCCUUCGGAACUCCGGCGACUCUCCGGCUCCGCAGUGUCCUUCAAUGGAGAAGAAGCAGCAACAGCAGCAGGAAAACGCCAAGAAGAGCAAAAGAAGUGGCCCUAAAGUGACUACAUCGAAGAAUUUAGGGACGAGGAGCAACGAUGAUGCUUCUUGGUUGGUCGGAAGCAUAGUUGAGAAGGGCAUAGCUUCGUCACAAAUUAGUAAUAACAAAACUACUCCGCCGCCUCAGCCUACGCUCCUUCCUUUCCCGGUUGCUCGCCACCGUUCCCAUGGACCACAUUGGAAUCCUUUAGGCAAUAAAAAUGAUGAUAAUGAUGAAGAUGAAGAUGAAGACCAGUUUGCUGACUUUGACCCUAUAGCAGCUUUUGCUAAACCAGUGCAGAGGAAAGAGAAGAAAGGAUUGAAUUUUAGCCAUUGGAAAGAAUUAACUCAGAGUAAUGAUUCUUCCAUGACUAAGGAGAAGGAAGGGACAAAGUCAAAUGAAGAAGUGAAACACAAGAAGGAUGGAGAAGCAACCAAAACUACAACUUAUAAAAGCUUUUCAAAGGACUUCUCAGUAGAUCAUGCAGAUGAGGUGGCUUCAAUGGAGGUGGAUGGAGAGCUGCUCUCUAAUUCUUGUAAGCCUUCAAGUAAAAGUGAGGAUGCCGUGACAAAUGAAUUGCAUUUUAGUGCAGUCACUGACAUGGACUUGGAUAAUUCACAUCAAUCACACCUGAAAGAGAAUGUCCAAAAUGCCAGUUCAGAUAACUUAAAUAGGGAACCAAUAAUGGCUAUAUAUAGCAAAAUCAGUGCAGAGAGGAUGCCACGUGAUGAUCUAGCAAGAGUACAAAUUGAGAAUCUGGAGAAGAUGGAUUCUACAGUAUCCAUGAUGCCAAAAACAUUCAGAAACUUUGCAAAUGAACAAGGAUCCAUCUCUCUUGAAAGUGAAAUUGAUGCUGAGAAUCGUGCCAGGCUAGAAAGCAUGUCACCUGAAGAGAUUGCACAAGCACAGGCUGAGAUAAUGCAAAGGAUGGAUCCUGCAUUACUAAACUUGUUGAGAAAGCGAGGCUCAGAGAAAUUGAAGAAGCAGAAAAACUUGAUCUCCAAUAUGGGUGCCAACAGUGACUUGAUUAUUACACAAAAUGAGAAUCAAACAAGUAUCACUAAAAGUCAUCCAGAUACAGAGAGCUCUGAUUCUCAAAUGGCAACAGCAACUAAUUCAAUUAAUACAAAGAGUGGCCCAGAAAAUGGUGUUGAGCAGAAUUUAAAUCCACCCUAUAGCAAUUUUUGGAAUACUUGGAGUGAGAGAGUUGAGGCUGUUAGAGAAUUAAGAUUUUUGUUGGAUGGUACGGUUGUUAAAGACAGUUUUGUCUACCUGCUUGAGACAGGUGGUGAAGUUUCUGUAAACCAUAGGCUUACUAGUGGUAAUGUUGCUGAACGCGACUUCUUGCGGACCGAGGGUGACCCCGGGGCAGCAGGUUACACAAUCAAAGAAGCAGUGGCUCUCACUAGAAGCACGGUUCCAGGACAACGGACCCUUGCCUUGCAUCUUCUUGCGUCUGUGCUUGAAAAGGCAAUGGACAAUAUUAAUCAAAAGCAAAUUGGGUGUGGUGGAAUAAAUGAUGAAAAAGCUGAUGGUACUGUUGACUGGGACGCUGUAUGGGCUUAUGCGCUUGGCCCAGAGCCAGAGCUUGUUUUAUCAUUAAGGAUCUCUCUUGAUGAUAACCACUAUUCUGUUGUCUUAGCCUGUGCCAAAGUUAUUCAAUAUAUGCUUAGCUGUGAUGCAAAUGAGCACUUUUUUGAUAUCUUGGAGAAAGUAGCAAUUAAUGGGAAGGAUAUUCAUACUGCUCCUGUGUUUCGAAGUAAACCAGAAAUUGAUGUUGGCUUCAUGCAUGGCGGUUUUUGGAAGUAUAGUGCUAAACCUUCAAAUAUUCUUCCUUUUGGUGAUGAUGUUGUUGAUGAUGGGACAGAAGGAAAACAUACAAUUCAGGAUGAUAUUGUUGUUGCUGGUCAAGACUCUGCUGCUGGUUUGGUUAGAAUGGGAAUCCUGCCAAGAAUGCGAUAUCUUUUGGAGACAGAGCCAGCAGCAGCUUUGGAAGAAUGCAUUAUGUCCAUUCUCAUUGCAAUAGCAAGACAUUCCCCAACAUCUGCAGAUGCAAUCAUGAAGUGUCAAAGACUUAUUGAAACUGUUGUCCAGAGAUUUACUGUCAAUAACAAUUUGGAAGUUUAUCCUUCUAAGAUCAAAUCCGUGCGUCUCUUGAAGGUGUUGGCACGAUCUGACAGAAAGAAUUGUGUGGAGUUCAUAAAGAAUGGAAUUUUCCAGGCUAUGACGUGGCAUUUGUAUCAAAGUGCUUCCUCCCUUGACAAGUGGUUGAAGUUGGGAAGAGAAAACUGUAAACUUUCAUCUGCUUUAAUGGUUGAACAACUGCGUUUUUGGAAGGUCUGCAUUCAGAGUGGGUACUGUGUGUCAUACUUCUCCAAUGUUUUUCCUGCUUUGUGCUUGUGGUUGAACCCACCUUCACUUGAAAAACUAAUAGAGGUUAAUGUUUUAAGUGAAUUUGCUUCCAUUACUAAGGAGGCAUUCCUUGUUCUAGAGGCUUUAGCUGGAAGGCUACCAAAUUUUUAUUCAGACAAGCUUCUUGAUAAACAAAGUCUAGAGUAUGCUGAUAAUGAUGUGGAGGCCUGGUGUUGGAGCCAUGUUGGGCCGAUGAUUGACUUAGCUGUGAAGUGGAUCUCCUUGAAGUCUGGGCUGUUUGAUUGGCAGAAUGGAAUCAAUGGAAACUUUGUAAAUCAAGACAGGAUAGUCUCUUCCUUAUUGUGGGUGUAUUCAGCUGUUAUGCACAUGGUUUCAAGCGUGCUUGAAAAAGUAAUCCCAGAAGAUACCACCAACCUGGAGAAAUAUGGUGGGCAUGUUCCAUGGUUGCCAGAGUUGGUUCCUAAGGUUGGACUUGAAAUUAUAAAAAACGGGUUUUUAAGCUUUAGAGAUGUGUAUGGCACAGAAUAUGGAGAGAAUUUUGCUGGAAGCAGCUCAUUCAUUGAGGGACUCUGCUGUUUAAGGCAACAAUGUGAAUCUGAAACAUCAUUAGCUUCUGCAAGUUGCCUUCAUGGAUUGGUCCAGGUUGUCAUUUCCAUUAACAACUUGAUCCAAAGGGCUGAGAUCUCUAGGCCUCAGGGAUGCAGUUUUUCAAGAGAGGAGAACUUACUUGCAAGCGGGAUAUUGAAGAAGUCUCUGGUUGAGUUUAGAUGUGUGUUUGAUGUUUUCAUGAAAUUGAUUACAUCAGAAUCAAACUUUGUGCAGUCAGUUGAAACAUUUGGCAGAGGAGGCCCUGCCCCAGGGGUGGGAGUUGGAUGGGGCGUUCCUGGUGGAGGAUUUUGGUCAAUAACUGUUCUAUUAGCUGAAACAGAUGCAGGACUGCUGAUUCAGUUGCUUGAAAUCUUCCAUGGUUUCUCUAUAGCUGAGUCACCUGCUGAUGAAAAGAUUUCAUUUACCAUGCAGAAGGUGAAUUCUGCUUUAGUAGCAUGUUUAACUGCUGGUCCAAGGGAUAUAGAUAUUGUGGAAAAAGCAUUUGGUAUUAUGCUUAAAGUACCUGUUCUGAAGUACCUGGAUAAUUGUAUACGGCAAUUUCUCCAGUCCAAUCGGAGGAUGAAAUUAUUUGGUUGGGAAUAUAAUGAAGAAGACUACCUGCUCUUCAGUAAUAUAUUGACAUCUCACUUCAAAAACAGAUGGUUGUCUAUUAAGAGAAAAUCUAAAGUCAUAAAUAGCGGUGGAAAAUCAAAGGGAAACAUUCCUCUAGAAACCAUACCAGAAGACUUGGAAGCAUCAGAUAUGACAACUCAAGGUCAUUUCUGCAUGUCUUUGUCGAUAGAGUGGGCUCAUCAGAGACUGCCUCUUCCCACACACUGGUUUCUCAGUCCAAUCUCAACCCUCUGUGACAGCAAACAUGCUGGUCUCAAAAGUGCAUCCAGCAUACAAAAUGUUAUAGAGGAACCAAGUGAUGUGCUCGAGGUUGCUAAAGCAGGAUUGUUCUUUCUUAUGGGAAUUGAAGCUAUGUCCAAUAUCCUAUCCCCUAAUGUCCCAUGUCCUGUUCAGAGUGUUCCAUUGAUUUUGAAACUGCAUUCUUUAUCUGUCAUCUUACUUGUUGGGAUGGGUUUGCUUGAGGAAGAGGAGAGUAGGGAUGUUUAUGAGUCCUUGCAACAACUUUAUGGACAGCUUCUUGACAAGGAAAGGUCUAAGAGAAGUACUGAAAUCAACUUGGAUAAAUCUUUGAAUUUGAUGCCCAAAACUGGAGAGAAAUAUUGUGACCAGUUUCUGAGGUUUCAAUCAGAGAUUCAUGGGAGUUAUUCAACAUUUAUUGACACUCUUGUGGAGCAGUAUGCUGCUGUAUCUUAUGGUGAUUUGAUAUAUGGCAGGCAAGUUUCGGUAUAUUUAUACCGUUAUGCUGAAGUUCCUGUCCGACAUGCUGCCUGGAAUGCAUUGUCCAAUGCUAGGGUUCUUGAACUUCUUCCACCUUUACAAAAAUGCAUAGGAGAGGCAGAAGGGUAUCUUGAGCCUAUUGAGGAUGAUGAAGUUAUUAUGGAGGCUUAUGUAAAGUCAUGGACUUCCAGUGCCCUUGACAGAGCUGCAACUCGAGGAUCAAUGGCAUUUACACUGGUUCUGCAUCACCUUUCAUGUUUUGUUUUUCUCAUUCAUGCCAAGGACAAGUUACUGCUGCGGAAUAAGAUUGUAAAGUCUUUACUGCGAGAUUACUCUCGGAAACAGCAACAUGAGGGAAUGAUGUUGCAAUUCAUUCAAUACAACAAGACAUCUACAUUUCUGGUGCCUGAGGAAAAGGAAGGUUUGCCAUUGCAGCGGAGCAACAUGGAGGAAAGAUUUGAAAUUUUGAAGGAAGCUUGUGAAGGAAAUUCUUCUCUGUUAACAGUAGUUGAGAAACUCAAAUCCACCUCUGGGUAAGGAAAGUUCUAACUUAACUACAGUUUAUAUAUAUGAAUUAUGAAGAAGAGAAACAGGCUUUUCAGUCCAGACUGGUUGAUUGAAGGGGGGAUGUGAUUCAAGGGAGUUGAACCCUUGCCCACUUGGUAAAUGAAUAUGCUUUCCUUUUUAAGAAAGAAUAUGCUUUCCUUUUCUAGAAAGAAUAUAAAGCAAAACAUAUAUAUGAAUUAUGAAGAAGAGAAACAGGCUUUUCAGUCCAGACUGGUGAUUGAAGGGGGAAUGUGAUUCAAGGGAGUUGAACGCUGCUCCACUUGGUAAAUGAAUAUGGUUUCCAUUUCUAGAAAGAAUAUAAAGCAAAACAUAUAUAUGAAUUAUGAAGAAGAUAAACAGGCUUUUCAGUCCAGACUGGUUGAUUGAAGGGGGAAUGUGAUUCAAGGGAGUUGAACCCUGGCCCACUUGGUAAAUGAAUGUGCUUUCCUUUCCUAGAAAGAAUAUAAAGCAAAACACAUGAAUAACAUGGUGUGCUCCACCAAGCCAUUAUCCUGUCUUACUAGAACUGUAUCACUCCAUGUAUCCAUGAAGAAAGUUGAACAAUACAU